UUAAUAAAGAGCUUCUCCUUUGGUUGUGGAAGAUUGUGUGACGGAGCAAGUAAUUAUGUAACCCGCUAAGGAUGUUGGGAACUUCAAACAUGGCGGACAAGAGAGGCAACUUCAAGGUGAGUGAAAUAUCUCUAAAUGAAAGGACAUUUGCUUGAAGACUCCCAACAUGGAAUUAGGGAAGUUAAAGCUGAAUGGCAGACCCGAGCGCUGCAAAUUACUGCUAAAAUUAUGAUAGGACAUCUAACGAAAUAGUUGGCAUCGAAAGUUGUGCAGGCAAUCGCAAUUCCUAAAAAAUGUACUGGAGAUUAUGGCCAUUUCUAUUGAUUUUUUUAACAUACUUCUAGGUUAUAUUUUCCAAGCCCGAUUGGAGAAUGAUAUGCCAUGCUUUUGACAUAAAAAUUAACCACAAAAUAACAAUACUAUAGUGAAAACUUUUGACUCACGAUGACUUUCAGCUUGUCUCUGAACAGGACAGUUUUCCGAAGUACACACUCAUAGUUCCAAUUGCCCUUCCUUCAUGUUGGCCUAAAUCAUACAGAGAUAAAAACGCCGUAAAUACGAGUAAGGGACAAGAUGAAGGUUAUACAAUUUAAACAUUAUAAGAGAAUUACAAGCAAAGAAAAAAUCAAAACGUCUUCACAUGGAUACGAUAGAAUUUAAGCUACAGCAUAUGCGCAUAGGAUCGUUUUUUCAACUGAUAUUCGGGGAAAAGAGUUAACCUGCAACAUUAUGAAAGCGACUCUGAGUAAAACCUUUUAUGUCAUUUGCAUUUAAGUAUUACAGAAAUUCCGAAAUACACUACAGCAGCGACAGCAGUGACAGCAGUGAAAGCAGAGGCAGCAGUGGGGAGGAUAAUGACUCUCUAGUGUCAUCUCUCGAUCAUGGAGACAGGGAAAUUUCUCAGAAAACUGUUCAGGCACCCUUCACAGCAGUUACCCUGGAUUUUCAGGAUAUGCCUCCAAGCAGAAGUACUCAAGGAGGUUCAAAUGCUAAAGGAAAUGUCAUCCAGCCGGUAAAACUCGUGCCCAGGAAACAACCUCGAGUGAAACAAGAGGCAGACAUAAUAAGGAAGUACGUAAAGAGAUCAAGCGGAGAAAGAGACAUACACCGACCAGAUGUUGAUCAGUUCAUAAUUGGUCUCCUCCAGGCUGUGUGCUUGAUACUUUUCACAUUAUUGCUUUUCACGGGAGUGUACAUUUAUAUAUACCUAAAUUAGAACUAGUAUCUAUUAAGAUAAACAUAUUUUAAAGAUAUAAAUUAGAAUUUCUGUUCAUUUGAGGUGAAAAGCUGCUGUAUCUUAGAGCAAUAGAAAGAAAAUACUAUAUACAAAAGCUGCUGUUGAUAAGUUUGUGAUUAUUUCCUUAAUAAGGUAUCUGCUUCUUCAAGAAAUACUCCUCAAGCCACUGUAAUUAGCAAAGUUAAUCAACUGACCCAUAAUAAGGGUAUUAAAUGGUGUUCAGAUGAUUAUAUGCUUUUUGUCAUGAACACGUAAAAACAAAAAUACUUAUGACCCUGUUACAUGGUGUAAGGACCAAAGGAUAUUUCCUAACUUAAAGAAAAAGAACUUAAUUCCUCACCCCGUCGCUCCUCCUCACCUUCCUCGAACAAGUCAAUUCCAUUUGAAAUCUAGAAGUGUACCUGCUCUAGUGCUCAGCAAAGCGAAUGCAUAUCAGUGUUUUCAAGCAGUCAUUACACUCCAUUCAAGUUAUCACUAUCGAAGCGCGACAGAUCAUCACAAGAAGGAACACCAUUUUUUUAAAAAAAUUUCACAUAAUAUGACAGACCAAAUGUAAAAAUGAAUACAUUGAUAAACAAAAUAAAAACAAAAAUUAAUUGUUCCGCACGUUAUUCUCCUACUGGCAGUUUGCUCAGAGGCCUAAGAUAUCUCCAAUCUGACAACCAGAUGAAUAAUAAAA